CUGUACACAAAUAAAUACAAAUCCUAAAUAGCAAACCAAAUAAGGACUCUCUAGUCCGUACCACCUUUAUAAGCUCAUUGACCGCCCUUUCCAAUACUCUUAAGNAAAAAAAAAAAAAAAAACGAAGACUUUUUUAAAUCCCAAAAACUACAAUUCACAACACGCAAUGAGCACCGGCGACCGCGGAGGCAAAGCAAGCGGCGGCGGCGGUGGCCCUUGCGGCGCGUGCAAGUUCCUGAGGCGGAAGUGCGUGAGGGGUUGCGUCUUCGCGCCGUACUUCGACUCGGACCAGGGCACGGCCCACUUCGCGGCGGUGCACAGGGUGUUCGGCGCCAGCAACGCCUCCAAGCUGCUCCUCCAUGUGCCGCCGCAUUGCCGCCUGGACGCCGUCGUGACCCUCUGCUACGAGGCGCUUGCUAGGGUUAGGGAUCCCGUCUAUGGUUGCGUUGGCCACAUUUUCACUCUUCAACAGCAGGUUGUAACUCUCCAGGCCGAACUGGCCUACACGCAGGCCCGAAUAUCGACGCUCCAGCGGGCCCCACCUCAGCUGCCGCCACCUCAGCUCUCCUUGCCCGGCAUCAACCGAUCCUCCGCGCGCAACUCCACGGCACCUAACGAUGAGGACAUGUCGAGCUUCUGCAAUUCGGUCGAUCAGGAGAACGUGCUUGAAGAUGACGAUGAUCUUCAAACUCUUGCUAGGGAAUAUGUUUCGAGGUACUUUCCAGGAGUUCGGUUCAGGCCCGGCCCCGGCCCCGACUCGGACUAAUUAAUGAUCAUAGUAUAAAAAAGACUAAUUAAGAAAUGGAAAGAACAGCAAAAAAAUGCUUGUUCUGUUUAGGUUAUGUAGUAAUCUUGUGUUUUUCUAUGUAAUUUAGAGAUGUAAUGUUUGCAUGCAGCUAGUGUUGAAUGAACAUUGUCUUUUCUCGAUUAUAAUUGGUUGUCCAGUUGCAAUUUAAGGAUUAUAAAUAAAUUAUAGC